CUAAGGGAGGUAACUGUGAUUGAAACCGCCACACCAUCAUGACUGGGUCACAGUGCAGCAGGAUCGCACAGCUUGUUAGUACCUGCGGCGUUCAGUUACUGCAUCGACACAACGGAGGCAGAUGUAGCUUCGUUACAAGAAAGUUCUUGACCACGUCAUCACAGCAGUCGGAGCGAAGCAGUCCACUGGAAGGAAUACGAAUUCUAGAUCUCACCAGGGUUCUAGCAGGGCCGUACUGUUCUAUGUUGUUCGCCGAUCUGGGAGCAGAAGUGAUCAAAGUGGAACGACCAGGUGCAGGAGAUGACACUAGGAGCUGGGGACCCCCUUUCAAAGGCACAGAGAGUGCGUACUUCCUAUCUGUCAACAGAAACAAAAAGAGUAUAGCAGUAGACUUGAAGAAACAGAAAGGUGUUGAGAUUGUCAAGCAGUUGGCCGGUUCCUGUGAUGUUCUGAUUGAGAAUUACCUGCCAGGGAAGCUUGGGGAGAUGGGUCUUGGUUAUGAUGAAAUGAAAGCUCUCGUCCCUCAGCUGGUAUACUGCUCAAUCACAGGAUAUGGUCAGACAGGACCAUACAGAUCCCGAGCUGGGUACGACGUCAUCGCUGCAGGUGUAGGUGGUCUGAUGAAUAUCACAGGACCACGUGACGGAGACCCAUGCAAGGUGGGCGUGGCUAUGACGGAUUUGUCAACAGGACUGUACGCAUUUGGUGCCAUCGUAGUUGCAUUGUUACACCGUCAGUUAACUGGGAGAGGUCAACACAUCGACUGUAACCUCCUAUCCACUCAGGUGGCCUCGCUUGUGAAUAUUGCAUCGAACUACCUGAAUGCUGGGAUGGAGGCGAAACGGUAUGGAACAGCACAUGAGAGCAUUGUACCGUACCAGGCUUUUAAGACCAAAGACGGGGGAUAUAUGCUGGUGGGAGCAGGAAACGACAAACAGUUUCAGCUUCUGUGUCAGAGGAUGGAACUACCAGAGUUGUUGGAGGACGAGAGGUUUCAAGAUAACAAAGUGAGAGUGGCAAACAGAGACAUAUUGCUGCCUUUACUGGGACACAGGUUUGAGACGAAGACCACCUCACAGUGGAUGCAGGUGCUAGAGGGGUCAGGAAUACCAUACGGUCCUAUCAACAACAUACAGCAAGUCUUCUCUGAUCCUCAGGUGGUCCACAAUGGGAUGAUACAGGAAGUGCAGCACCCUACAGCCGGGACGAUCAGGCUUCCAGGACCGGCCGUGAGGUACAGUGAGUCCCAGACUGUGGUGCCACGCCCCCCUCCAACUUUCGGGCAACACACACAGGAAGUGCUGCAGGGAAUUCUGGGAUAUUCAGAUAGGCAGCUAAAGCAUCUGAUAGAUACUGGUGUUGUGCAAUAGUGAGAAAUUUGACUAAACAAGUGAAGAUAAUUUAUGAUAGUUUGAUAGUUUAUUUAUCGGAAUAUGAAUGAAUUAUUUAUCCAGAUUUUCGAAUGAAUGAUUAUUUAUAAUUAUUUUUUUAGUCAUUAUGAAGCAUAUCACACCAAUUCAAAUAUCUCAGGAUUUUUACAGAAAGCUUUAGUCAUUAUGGGUCUAUAAAAAAGUUCAUUAUUGUGGAAUAAUUUCUUUUUACCAUGUUUAUCAUCAGCCAUGAAGAGGUUUCUGUUUAUUCUGCAUUGUACGCUGUUACGUUCGGUGUUGUAUGCUGCAAUACAUUAGGAAGCUGUCUCUGGACAGUACGACUGUUGCAGCAAACAUGAGUGGCUGGGUAAAAUGCCCCUUUGAACAGUACUUCUGAGUGUUAUCUCAAUUUAAUCAAAAUGAAAUGACAAAGGUUAUAAAGCUGUAACUGAAUGUAUUGUAUUGAAAGGUCUCUCACCCAUGGAAAUCGACUAAAUUGUUCUCAUGGCAGCCUCAUUGCUAUUUCGUUCCAUUGGUUUCCCAUUAAUGUGAUGAGAAGUGUAAUUAGUGUGAACCAUGGCCUUUAUAUCUCUUGUGCAUUUGCUUAUUGACAUUUGCAUCAGAUGAAAAGGUUUUACAAGUGCCUGUUUCGAUUGUUCUGGCUGUUAUGACUACCAUAUUACCAGCAAAUAACAAUGAGAUCUGCUGAUCAACGUCCUACUGGUUCUGAACACAUUGGGCCCUGCAGUAUGAUUUCCAUCGUACUUCCUUACUCAAUCGAGCCUAAUAUGUUUGCUGUAUUCAAGAUUUCAGUUCAAUAAAUCUAUCAUAUAUGUGA